AUGGCAGCUGUCACCCAGCAGGGGAAUGACACCCGGAAGCUGCGAUGCAAUGUUUACGUAGCCAGCCUUCCAUUAGAUUUUGACGACGACCAACUCUUUGACCUUUUCUCCCCGUACGGCCGCAUAAGCUCUGCGCGGAUUAUGCGAUCGAAAGGAGCGCGACAAUCCAGAGGCUACGGCUUUGUGUUAUUUAGGCACGCCUCCUCCGCUGAAAAGGCGAUUGACUCGUUGGUGGGUUACGUCAUUGGUGGAAGCCGUAUUCAAGUUCGACUGGCCCAUCCGGAGGCCUCCGUUGCGUACAGCGGGCAGCGUGGAUCCCGCAGUGGAAACUCAACGCCUGGUGCCCUUCCUGAAAAGACGUUACCGGCGGCCUCAGGAGUAAUUACUCCACCACCACCGUCAUCUGCAAUUAUUUCGCACCCCAAUGAUUCUGGUAUGAUGGUUCAAACAUACCCCAUUACGACGAUGUACCCAACUAUGUACCCAUCUGUCGUUCCGCAGAUAAUCGCUCAACCUCAAGCACCCGUACCGGCUGCUAUGCAGCAAGUUGUGUUUCUCCCGCAAUACGCACAACAGUCAAACCAAUCAACACCACCGACAUUUUAUAUGAUGGUACCAGACGCCAUGCAGGCCGUUCCUCCUACGCUGUCGUAA